CCCCGCGCUGCCCGCUCGCUGCGUGCGGCGAGCCCAGCCGCGCUCCGCGCUCCGCAAAGUGCCGCCGGUGCCGCCGCGCCUCCCCGCCCGCACAAGGCUCUGCCGCUCCGCGCCCGCGGCAGAACAGGCUCGGCUGCUCAGCCUCUGCUCCCGCACGCGCCCGCCGCGAUGUCCGCGCUCCUCCUGGCCCUGGCGACGCUCUGGGGAUUACCGCCCGUCGCCGAGGCGCUGGCAGCGGCAGCCCGCGGAGAAGAGCCUCCCUUGUGUGACGUAGGGGAGUUCCUGUGCCACGAUGGUGUCACUUGUGUGUCCUGGCACUGGCUGUGUGACGGGGAGCCCGACUGUCCUGAUGAUUCUGAUGAGUCCUCAGACACCUGUCCUGAGGAGUUGGAUUUCAAGUGCAGCCCGAAUUUCAUCAGCUGCAUUGGCACCAACAAAUGCAUCCACUUGUCCCAGCUCUGCAAUGGGGUCUACGACUGCUCCGAUGGCUACGACGAAGGAGUUCAUUGCAGGGAGCUGCUCCCCAAGUGCCAGCAGAUGAAUUGCCAGCACAAGUGUGCCAUCACCAGGAAUGGCACCCGCUGCUACUGCGGGGAUGGAUACGAAACCAGCACUGACGGGAGAAGCUGCACAGAUGUGAAUGAAUGUGACACGUAUGGAAGCUGCAGCCAGAUGUGUGUAAAUACAGAUGGAUCCUACACUUGCAGCUGUGUGGAGGGUUACGUGCUUCAGCCUGAUAACAAGUCCUGCAAGGCCAAAAAUAAGCCUGCUGACCGACCUCCUCUUCUUCUGGUUGCAAGCCCUGAGAACGUUGAGGUUUUGCACCUGAAUGGCAGCAGGGUGUCUGCCUGGAGCCCAGUGAAGGGAUCUGCAGUGGUCACCCUGGACUACAGCUACAGGGAGGACACCCUGUGCUGGCUGGAGUCCCGAGACCUCUCCAGCCAGCUCAAGUGCUCCAAGAUCCCCACAGCUGGCGCCUCUCCAGAGGAGUGGACAGUGAGCAUCGCCCAGAACCUUCACAAUGUGCAGCAAAUAGCAAUGGACUGGAUCACGGGGAAUUUUUACUUUGUGGAUCAAGUCAGUGACAGGAUCUUUGUCUGCAGCCGGAACGGCUCAGUGUGUGUGACCCUCAUCGAGCUGGACCUGAGCAACCCCAAGGCCAUAGCUCUUGAUCCAACAGCAGGCAAGCUUUUCUUUACAGACUACGGGAACGCUGCCAAGGUGGAGAGAUGUGACAUGGAUGGAAUGAACAGGACGUGGAUAGUAGACUCAAAAAUUGAACAGCCAACUGCUCUGGCACUAGACCUCAUCAAUAAAUAUGUGUACUGGCUUGACAUAUAUCUGGAGAGUGUGGAAGUUGUUGACUAUCAGGGGAGAAGGAGGCAAACAAUAACUAAAGGCAGACAAAUUAGGCAUCUUUGUGGCUUGGCAGUGUUUGAGAACUAUUUGUACACAGUAAAUUCAGACAACCUCAGCAUUUUACGAAUCCACAGGUACAAUGGUACUGAUGUCCAGGCUCUUGCCAGGCUGGACGAUGCCAAAGAGAUCCGUGUGUUCCAGAAGAGAACUCAAGCAGCAGUCAGAAGCCACGCGUGUGAGUUGGAUCCAUCUGGGAUGCCGGGGGGAUGCUCCCACAUCUGCCUGCUCAGCAGCAGCCACAAAGCAAGGACCUGUCGCUGCAGGACCGGCUUCAUCCUGGGGAGUGAUGGCAGGUCAUGCAAAAGACCAAAGAAUGAAUUGUUUCUUUUUUAUGGGAAGGGGCGGCCGGGAAUAAUCCGGGGCAUGGACCUGAAUACCAGAAUGUCAGACGAGUACAUGAUCCCCAUCGAGAACCUGGUCAAUCCUCGUGCUCUGGACUUCCACGCUGAAACCAAUUACAUUUACUUUGCUGAUACCACCAGUUUCCUGAUUGGAAGACAGAAAAUUGAUGGCACAGAGAGAGAAACAAUCCUCAAGGACGAUCUUGAUAACGUGGAAGGCAUAGCAGUGGACUGGAUUGGAAAUAAUCUGUAUUGGACCAAUGAUGGCCACAGGAAAACCAUUGCUGUUGCCAGACUGGAAAAAGCUGCUCAGAGCAGGAAAACCUUGUUGGAGGGAGACAUGUCCCACCCCAGAGGAAUUGUUGUCGAUCCUGUCAAUGGAUGGAUGUAUUGGACAGACUGGGAGGAAGAUGAAAUAGAUGCCAGCGUGGGGAGGAUUGAGAAGGCCUGGAUGGAUGGCUACAGCCGGCAGGUUUUUGUCACAUCAAAGAUGCUCUGGCCAAAUGGUUUAACUCUGGAUUACCGCGCCAACGUGCUCUACUGGUGUGACGCCUAUUAUGAUCACAUUGAAAGGAUCUAUUUGAAUGGGACUGACAGAAAGGUAGUCUACAAUGGAAAAGAUUUGAAUCAUCCUUUUGGACUGUCACACCAUGGAAAUUAUAUAUACUGGACAGAUUACAUGAAUGGGUCAAUUUUCCAGUUGGAUCUGGUAACAAGGAAUGUGACAUUGUUGAGAAGUGAGAGGCCACCUUUGUUUGGGCUCCAGAUUUAUGAUCCACGCAAACAGCAAGGUGAUAAUGCCUGUCGUGUUAAUAAUGGAGGCUGCAGCACUCUUUGUUUGGCCAUUCCUGGAGGCAGAGUUUGUGCCUGUGCUGAUAAUCAGCUUUUGGAGGAAAACAGUACAACCUGCAUGAUUAAAGAGGGAGAAGUGCUGCCCCAGCUGUGCAAGGCGGAGCAGUUCCAGUGCAGCAACAAGCGCUGCAUCCAGGAGCGCUGGCGCUGCGACGGCGACGACGACUGCCUGGACGGCAGCGACGAGCACUCGGAGAUCUGCUUCAAUCACAGCUGUCCUGAUGAUCAGUUUAAGUGCCAGAAUAAUCGCUGCAUUCCCAAGAGGUGGCUUUGUGACGGAGCUAAUGAUUGUGGUAAUAACGAAGACGAAUCAAAUAAAACUUGUGCAGCAAGAACGUGUCAGGUUAAUCAGUUUUCUUGCGGGAACGGACGGUGCAUCCCAACGUCGUGGCUGUGUGACAGGGAGGAUGACUGUGGAGAUGGAACUGAUGAAAUGACAUCCUGUGAAUUCCCAACAUGUGAGCCACUAACUCAGUUUAUCUGCAGAAAUGGAAGAUGCAUUAGCAGCAAAUGGCUCUGUGAUUCAGAUGAUGACUGCGGUGACGGCAGUGACGAGCUGGGCUGCGUUCACUCGUGCUCUGCUGAUCAGUUCAGGUGUCAGAAUGGCAGAUGUAUCCCAGGGCACUGGGCCUGUGAUGGGGACAAUGACUGUGGAGAUUUCAGUGAUGAAACCAGAACAAACUGCAGCAGGGAAGAAACUCCCUCUCCUGGAAGGUGCAGCGGGAGGGAGUUUCAGUGCAGCCCUGACGGGAGCUGCGUGCCGGAGCUGUGGCGCUGCGAUGGAGAGAAGGACUGCGAGGAUGGCAGCGAUGAGAAGGGCUGCAAUGGAACCCUCAGGGUGUGUGAUGAGAAAACAAAGUUCUCCUGCAGGAGUACAGGGAGAUGCAUUAGCAAAGCGUGGCUAUGUGAUGGCGAUAUUGAUUGUGAGGAUCAGUCUGAUGAGGAUAAUUGCGAGGGCUAUUUGUGUGGACCACCAAAAUACCCUUGUGCUAAUGAUACCUCCAUCUGCCUACAGCCUGAGAAGCUCUGCAAUGGGAGAAGAGAUUGUCCUGAUGGAUCUGAUGAAGGCGAUCUUUGUGAUGAAUGUUCACUUAACAAUGGUGGAUGUAGCCAUCAGUGUUCUGUGGUUCCCGGAGGAAGAAUUGUGUGCUCCUGCCCUGCAGGAUUCAAUCUUACUGCAGACAACAAAACUUGUGAGAUUAUGGAUUUCUGCACCAAGCACCUCAAGUGCAGCCAAGUUUGUGAACAGCAUAAAAAUACUGUCAAGUGCUCGUGUUAUGAAGGCUGGAAGCUCAGUAAGGAUGGAGAGAGUUGUGUGAGUACUGAUCCAUUUGAGGCCUUCAUAAUUUUUUCUAUUCGACACGAGAUCAGAAAAAUUGAUCUUCACAAGCGUGACUACAGCCUCUUAGUCCCUGGUCUGAGAAACACAAUAGCCCUGGAUUUUCACUUCAGUCAGAGUUUACUGUACUGGACAGAUGUGGUGGAGGAUAAAAUUUACAGAGGGAAGCUCUCUGAUACUGGAGGUGUUAGUGCCAUUGAGGUCGUGGUGCAGCAUGGCCUGGCCACUCCUGAAGGUCUGACUGUGGAUUGGAUAGCAGGAAACAUUUACUGGAUAGACAGCAAUUUGGACCAAAUUGAAGUGGCAAAACUCGAUGGCACUUUGAGGACAACGUUAAUAGCAGGAGCUAUGGAGCAUCCAAGGGCUAUUGCUUUGGAUCCCAGAUAUGGAAUUCUGUUUUGGACAGACUGGGAUGCAAAUUUCCCUCGCAUUGAGUCUGCUUCCAUGAGUGGGGCAGAGAGGAAAAUCAUCUACAAGGACAUGGACACUGGAGCGUGGCCCAAUGGCCUCACUGUGGAUCACUUUGAGAAAAGAAUUGUGUGGACAGACGCCAGAUCGGAUGCCAUUUAUUCUGCAUUGUAUGAUGGAACCAGCAUGAUAGAGAUUAUUCGGGGUCACGAAUAUCUUUCUCACCCUUUUGCUGUUUCUUUGUAUGGGAGUGAAGUUUAUUGGACAGAUUGGAGGACCAACACCCUCGCCAAAGCCAAUAAAUGGACUGGCCAAAAUGUCAGUGUAAUACAAAAAACAAGUGCUCAGCCAUUUGACCUCCAGAUUUAUCAUCCAAGCCGCCAGCCACAAGCUCCCAACCCUUGUGCUGCCAACGAGGGCAGGGGUCCCUGCUCUCACAUGUGUCUGAUCAAUCACAACAGAAGUGCUGCCUGUGCCUGCCCACACCUGAUGAAACUGUCUUCAGACAAAAAAACCUGUUAUGAAAGAAAGAAGUUUCUUCUUUAUGCAAGGCGUUCAGAAAUAAGAGGGGUGGACAUAGAGAACCCAUACUUCAACUUCAUCACAGCCUUCACUGUUCCUGACAUUGAUGAUGUGACAGUCAUAGAUUUUGAUGCUGUUGAGGAACGUUUAUACUGGACUGAUGUGAAAACACAGACCAUCAAACGUGCCUUCAUCAAUGGGACUGGCUUAGAAACCAUCAUUUCAAGAGAUAUUCAGAGUAUCAGAGGCCUUGCAGUGGAUUGGAUAUCCCGUAAUUUAUACUGGAUUAGCUCAGAAUUUGAUGAAACCCAAAUUAACGUGGCACAUUUGGACGGUUCCUUGAAAACCUCAAUCAUCCAUGGAAUUGACAAACCCCAGUGCCUUGCAGUUCACCCAGUAAAAGGGAAGCUGUAUUGGACUGAUGGCAACACAAUCAACAUGGCAAACAUGGAUGGCAGCAACAGCAAAAUUCUCUUUCAGAAUCAAAAAGAUCCUAUUGGUUUAUCAAUAGAUUAUGGGGAGAACAAGCUUUACUGGAUCAGUUCAGGAAAUGGAACCAUAAGUAGAUGCAAUUUGGAUGGUGGUAAUCUCGAAAUAAUUGAAUCAAUGAAAGAAGACUUAACAAAAGCCACAGCUUUAACCAUUAUGGAUAAAAAGCUUUGGUGGGCAGACCAGAACUUGGCUCAGAUUGGCACCUGUAAUAAAAAAGAUGGAAGAAACCCAACUGUCCUUAGAAACAAAACUGCAGGUGUGGUUCAUAUGAAAGUGUAUGAUAAGGCAGCACAGCAAGGCAGCAAUUCCUGCCAGUUAAACAACGGGGGAUGCUCCCAGCUCUGUUUGCCAACAUCAGAAACCACCAGAACUUGUGUGUGCACUGUGGGCUACAACCUCCAAAAGAACCGCAUGGCCUGCAAAGGUAUUGAAUCAUUUCUCAUGUACUCUGUCCAUGAGGGAAUUAGGGGAAUUCCUCUUGAUCCAAAUGAUAAAAUGGACGCUUUAAUGCCUAUAUCUGGGGCUUCAUUUGCUGUGGGCAUAGACUUCCAUGCAGGAAAUGAUACAAUCUAUUGGACAGACAUGGGUUUCAACAAGAUCAGCAGAGCUAAGCGAGACCAAACCUGGAAAGAAGACAUUGUCACAAAUGGUCUGGGGAGAGUUGAAGGCAUUGCAGUGGACUGGAUAGCAGGUAACAUAUACUGGACAGACCACGGCUUCAACCUGAUCGAGGUGGCGCGGCUGAACGGCUCCUUCCGCUACGUGGUGAUCUCCCAGGGGCUGGACCAGCCACGCUCUAUCGCGGUACACCCAGAGAAAGGGUAUUUAUUUUGGACAGAGUGGGGACAGAGCCCUUGCAUAGGCAGAGCACACUUGGAUGGCUCUGAGAAGGUUGUCCUUGUGAGCCUGGGGAUUGCAUGGCCUAACGGGAUUUCCAUCGAUUAUGAGGAAAAUAAAUUGUAUUGGUGUGAUGCUCGUACCGACAAGAUAGAAAGAAUUGACCUUGAGAGUGGAGGGAGUCGGGAGAUUGUGCUGUCAGGGAGCAAUGUGGAUAUGUUUUCAGUUGCUGUGUUCGGAGCUUACAUCUACUGGUCUGACAGAGCACAUGCAAAUGGCUCUAUUAGAAGAGGCCACAAGAAUGAGGCCACGGAUGCUGUGACCAUGAGGACUGGCCUUGGGAUAAACCUGAAGGAAGUGAAAGUCUUUAAUAGAGCACGAGAGAAAGGUACCAACGUGUGUGCCAAGAACAACGGCGGGUGCCACCAGCUCUGCCUUUACCGCGGCAACGCGCGGAGAGCUUGUGCCUGCGCCCACGGCUACCUGGCAGAGGAUGGCAUCAGCUGCCUCAGGCACGAGGGCUACCUGCUCUACUCGGGAAGGACAAUACUGAAGAGCAUCCACCUUUCAGAUGAGACCAACCUGAAUUCUCCAGUGAGGCCCUACGAAAACCCGGAGUACUUCAAAAAUGUGAUAGCGCUGGCCUUCGACUACAGCCUGAAGGGAAGGGGCACCAAUCGCAUCUUCUUCAGCGAUGCCCACUAUGGAAACAUCCAAGUUAUUAAAGACAACUGGACUGGCAGAAAAGUGCUGAUUGAAAAUGUUGGGUCAGUGGAGGGCCUGGCUUACCACAGAGCUUGGGACACCCUGUACUGGACCAGCUCCACCACGUCCUCCAUCACCAGGCACAGCGUGGACCAGCGGCGCCGCGGGGCCUUCAACCGCGAGGCCGUCAUCACCAUGGCUGAGGACGACCAUCCCCACGUGCUGGCCCUGGAUGAAUGCCAAAACUUAAUGUUUUGGACUAACUGGAAUGAGCAGCUCCCGAGCAUCAUGAGAUCCACCCUCUCAGGCAAAAAUGCCCAGGUUAUCAUUAGCACUGAUAUUCUGACACCAAAUGGACUCACCAUUGAUCACAGGGCAGAGAAACUUUACUUUUCAGAUGGCAGCUUGGGGAAAAUUGAGAGGUGUGAAUACGAUGGAUCACAAAGAUAUGUCAUUGUCAAGUCUGGCCCAGGCACCUUCCUGAGCCUGGCUGUGUAUGAUGAGUACAUCUUCUGGUCAGAUGGAGUGAGGAGAGCCAUCCUGCGUUCCAGCAAGUACACGGGAGGGGACACCAAAGUUCUGCGCUCCGACAUCCCGCACCAGCCCAUGGGAAUCAUCGCUGUCGCCAACGACACCAACAGCUGUGAGUUAUCUCCCUGUGCACAAAUGAAUGGAGGCUGCCAUGAUUUGUGCCUUCUGACGCCUGAUGGACGAGUGAACUGCUCGUGCAGAGGGGACAGAGUCCUGAUAGAUGAUAACAGAUGUGUGAGUAAAAAUUCUACUUGCAACAUCUAUUCAGAGUUUGAGUGUGGGAACGGUGAAUGCAUUGAUUAUCAGCUGACUUGUGAUGGAAUUGCUCACUGUAAGGACAAGUCUGAUGAGAAACUUUUCUACUGUGAGAACAGAGGCUGUCGGAAGGGCUUCAAGCCGUGCUCCAACCGCCGCUGCGUUCCCAGCGACAGAGUCUGCGAUGGUGCCAACGACUGUGGUGACAACUCUGAUGAAUUUGACUGCAGAGACGCGGCGUGCGGCCCGGCAGAGUUCCGCUGUGCAGAUGGGCUUUGCGUGGGGAAAUCGGCGCAGUGCAACCAGAUCAUCGACUGUGCAGAUGCCUCGGAUGAAAAGAACUGCAAUAAUACAAACUGUGCUUACUUCUAUAAACUUGGGAUAAAAUCUUCAGGAUUUAUCAGCUGUAAUUCCACUUCCCUCUGUAUACUGCCAGAAUGGAUUUGUGAUGGGUCUAAUGACUGCGGAGAUUAUACAGAUGAAUUAAAGUGCCCAGUUCAAAACAAACCCACAUGUGAAGAAAAUUAUUUUGGUUGUCCUAGUGGAAGAUGUAUUCUGACCACCUGGCUUUGUGAUGGGCAGAAAGACUGUGAGGACGGAGUAGAUGAAUUGCACUGUGAUUCAUCCUGCUCCUGGAAUCAGUUUGCUUGCUCUGCAAACAAGUGCAUCUCCAAGCAGUGGACCUGCGAUGGCGAGGACGACUGCGGAGAUGGUUUAGAUGAGAGCGAUGCCGUCUGUGGCUCAGUGACGUGUGCUGCAGGCACCUUCAGCUGCCUGGGCUCCCACGCCUGCGUGCCCCAGCACUGGCUCUGUGACGGCGAGCGCGACUGUCCCAACGGAAGCGAUGAGCUCUCCACAGCGGGCUGUGCUCCCAAUAACACUUGUGAUGAGAAUGCUUUCAUGUGCCAUAACAAAGUCUGCAUUCCCAAACAGUUUGUUUGUGACCACGAUGACGACUGUGGAGAUGGAUCAGAUGAAUCCCUGGAAUGUGGGUAUCGUCGCUGCCGUCCUGGAGAGUUCACCUGUGCUGAUGGGCGCUGCCUGCUGAAUUCCCAGUGGCAAUGUGAUGGGGACUUUGACUGCCCAGACCACUCUGAUGAAGCCCCUCUCAACACCAAGUGCAAAAGUUCAGAGCAGUCAUGUAACAACUCUUUUUUUAUGUGCAAAAAUGGCAAGUGCAUUCCUCAAAGCGAGGUUUGUGAUAACAAAGAAGAUUGCAGCGAUGGGUCUGAUGAGAAAAGCUGCCACAUUAAUGAAUGCCUCAGUAAGAAAGUCAGUGGCUGUUCCCAGGAUUGCCAGGACCUUCCUGUUGGAUACAAGUGCAAAUGCUGGCCUGGAUUCCUCCUGAAGGAUGAUGGCAAAACGUGUGUAGAUAUUGAUGAAUGUUCAUCUGGAUUUCCCUGUAGCCAGCAAUGCAUCAAUACCUAUGGAACCUACAAAUGCUUGUGUGCAGAAGGGUAUGAAACACAGCCUGAUAACCCAAAUGGCUGCAAAUCCCUUUCAGAUGAGGAACCUUUCUUAAUUCUGGCUGAUCAUCAUGAAAUAAGAAAAAUUAGCACUGAUGGAUCCAACUACACUUUGUUGAAACAGGGGCUGAACAAUGUGAUUGCAAUAGACUUUGACUACAGAGAAGAGUUCAUUUAUUGGAUUGAUUCCAGCAGACCAAAUGGCAGCCGCAUAAACAGAAUGUCUUUAAAUGGAAGUGACAUCAAGGUAGUUCACAAUACAGCUGUUCCCAAUGCCCUGGCAGUCGAUUGGAUUGGGAAGAAUCUCUAUUGGUCUGAUACUGAAAAGAGAAUUAUUGAGGUGUCCAAACUCAAUGGCUUGUACCCAACUGUCCUCGUGAGCAAGAGAGUGAAGUUUCCCAGAGAUCUGUCCUUAGAUCCUCAAGCUGGAUACCUGUACUGGAUAGAUUGCUGUGAGUCCCCUCACAUUGGCCGGGUUGGGAUGGAUGGAUCCAGGCAAGCUGUGGUUAUAGAAACCCAGAUUUCCAGACCUAUGGCUCUCACCAUAGACUAUGUCAACCACAGACUGUACUGGGCUGAUGAAAACCACAUUGAGUUUUCUGACAUGGAUGGAACUCAUAGACAUAAAGUCCCUAACCAAGACAUCUCAGGGGUGAUUGCACUGACACUGUUUGAGGACUACAUCUACUGGACAGACGGGAAAACCAAAUCCCUCAGCCGUGCCCACAAAACCUCUGGCUCGGACAGGCUGUCCCUGAUCAACUCGUGGCACACCAUCACAGACAUCCAGGUGUAUCAUCCCUACCGGCAGCCUGAUGGUAAUUAUCCUGUCUCUGCUUCCCAAGCAGCACACGGAGUGUCCAGACACGUGUGCACAGUGAACAAUGGUGGCUGCAGCCACCUGUGCCUGCUGGCCCCUGACAAGCUGCACUCGUGUGCCUGCCCCACCAACUUCUACCUGGCCGCGGACAACAGGACGUGUCUGUCCAACUGCACUGCCAGCCAGUUCCGUUGCAAAACCGACAAGUGCAUCCCGUUCUGGUGGAAGUGUGACACGGUGGAUGACUGCGGGGACGGCUCCGACGAGCCCGCCGAGUGCCCUGAAUUCAGAUGUCAGCCAGGACGUUUCCAGUGUGGAACUGGGCUUUGUGCUCUUCCAGCCUUUAUCUGUGAUGGAGAGAACGACUGUGGGGACAAUUCUGAUGAACUGAACUGUGACACACACGUGUGUCUGUCGGGGCAAUUCAAGUGCACAAAGAACCAGAAGUGUAUCCCAAUAAACCUGAGAUGCAAUGGCCAGGAUGACUGUGGUGAUGAAGAAGAUGAAAGAGACUGUCCUGAAAACAGUUGUUCUCCAGACCACUUCCAGUGUAAAACAACCAAACACUGCAUUUCCAAGCUGUGGGUGUGUGAUGAAGACCCAGACUGUGCAGAUGGGUCGGAUGAAGCAAACUGUGAUAAAAAAACUUGUGGACCUCACGAGUUCCAGUGCAAAAACAACAACUGCAUUCCAGAUCACUGGAGAUGUGACAGCCAGAAUGAUUGUGGAGAUAAUUCUGAUGAAGAAAACUGUAAGCCUCAAACAUGCACUUUGAAAGACUUUCCUUGUGCAAAUGGAGAUUGUGUUUCAGCAAGAUUCUGGUGUGAUGGAGACUAUGACUGUGCAGAUGGCUCAGAUGAGAGGUAUUGUGAAACAGGCUGUUCUAGGGAUCAGUUCCAGUGCUCCAAUGGCCAGUGCAUCUCAGCAAAAUGGAAAUGUGAUGGGCACGAGGACUGCAAACUUGGGGAUGAUGAGAAAAAUUGUGAACCAGCAUCUCCAACCUGCUCUUCAAGUGAGUACGUGUGUGCAAGUGGAGGCUGCAUUUCAGCAUCCCUGAAAUGCAACGGGGACUUGGACUGUGCUGAUGGAUCUGAUGAGAUGGACUGUGUGUCAGAGUGCAAGGAGGAUCAGUUCCGCUGCAGGAACAAGGCCUACUGCAUCCCGGUGCGAUGGCUCUGUGACGGGAUCCAUGACUGUGUGGAUGGCAGCGAUGAGGAAAGCUGUGACCAAGGGGGAAAUAUAUGUAGAGCUGAUGAAUUUUUGUGCAACAAUUCCCUCUGCAAGCUACAUUUUUGGGUUUGUGAUGGCGAGGAUGACUGUGGAGAUAACUCUGAUGAAGUUGCUGAAAUGUGUGUGAAGUUUCCCUGCCCUCCAACGAGGCCCUACAGAUGUAGGAACAACAGGGUUUGUCUGCGGCCUGAGCAGAUUUGCAACGAGGUCGACGACUGUGGCGAUAACUCGGAUGAGGAUCACUGUGAUAAAAUCACAUACAAAGCCAGACCGUGUAGAAAAGAUGAGUUUGCUUGCAAUGACAAGAAGUGCAUUCCCAUGGAGCUGCAGUGUGACUGGUUUGAUGACUGUGGAGAUGGCUCAGAUGAGCAGGACUGCAAAAUAAGCGUCGCUGAAUAUACAUGUGAAGAUAAUGUGAAUCCUUGUGGAGAUGAUGCAUUCUGUAAUCAGACAAAAUCAUCCCUUUUGUGUCAGUGUAAACCUGGAUUUCAGAGGAACAGAAGGAAUAGACAAUGUGAAGAUAUCAAUGAGUGCAUGGUAUUUGGUACCUGCUCCCAACACUGCCAUAAUUUAAAGGGCUCUUACAGAUGUGAGUGUGAGAAAAAUUAUAAGGAGAGGAACAACAGUUGCAUAGCAAAAGGCUCUGAAGAUCAAGUUCUCUAUGUUGCUAAUGACACUGACAUCCUGGGUUUUGCAUAUCCAUUCAACUACAGUGGUGCUCAUCAGCAAAUAUCACAUAUUGAACACAAUUCAAGGAUAACUGGAAUGGAUGCAUAUUUUCAAGGGGAUAUGAUUGUUUGGAGCACUCAGUUUAAUCCAGGAGGGAUUUUCUACAGAAAACUUCACGACAGAGAGAGGAGGCAGAGUAACAGUGGCUUGAUAUGUCCAGAGUUCAAAAGGCCCAGGGGCAUUGCUGUGGACUGGGUGGCUGGGAAUAUUUACUGGACUGAUCACUCCAGAAUGCAUUGGUUCAGCUACUACACAACCCACUGGACCAGCCUCAGGUACUCCAUCAAUGUGGGGCAGCUGAAGGGACCCAACUGCACCAGGCUCCUCACCAGCAUUGCAGGAGAGCCAUAUGCGAUUGCUGUCAACCCUAAAAAGGGGAUGAUGUACUGGACAGUUAUUGGGGAUCGGUCCCACAUAGAGGAAUCAUCUAUGGAUGGCACUCUGAGAAGGAUACUGGUUCAAAAGAACUUGCAAAGACCUACAGGUCUCGUGGUUGAUCCAUUCAGCCAGCGCCUGUUCUGGGCUGAUUUUGAGUUGUCUGUUAUUGGCAGUGUUCUUUUUGAUGGGUCCGACUCAGUUGUGUCUGUGAGCACAAAACAAGGUUUACUGCAUCCACAUAGAAUUGACAUUUUUGAGGAUUACAUAUAUGGAGCAGGCCCUAAAAAUGGUGCAUUUAGAGUGCACAAAUUUGGCAAGAGCCUUGUAGAAUAUCUAAGUGUGGAUGUUGAUAAAGCAAAAAGUGCCUUGGUUUUUCACCGCUACAAACAAACGGACUUGCCUAACCCCUGCUUGGGCCUGACGUGUGAAUUCAUUUGUUUACUGAACCCUUCUGGUGCAACCUGUGCCUGUCCAGAAGGAAAGGCAUUGAUGAAUGGAACGUGCAUUGAUCAGAGCCUCCUAGAUGACAGCUGUAAAUUAAGCUGUGAGAACGGAGGGAAGUGCAUCAUCAACGAGAAGGGGGACGCGCGGUGCCACUGCUGGCCAAGCUACUCAGGGGAAAGGUGUGAAACCAACCACUGCUACAACUACUGCCAGAAUGGAGGGACCUGUGGGGCCUCUCUCCUUGGCCGGCCGACGUGCAGCUGCGCCCUGGGUUUCACGGGGCCGCGCUGCAGCCAGAGCGUGUGCGAGCGCUUCUGCCAGAACGGGGGCACCUGCAGCGUCACUGCCGGCAACCAGCCCCUGUGCGCCUGCCUGCCCGAGUACACAGGAGACAGGUGCCAGUACUAUGUCUGCCACCACUACUGCGUCAACUCCGAGUCGUGCACGAUUUCGGCCGACGGCCGCGUGGAUUGCGUCUGCCCCGCGCGCUUCGAGGGCCCCAAGUGCGAGGUGGACAAGUGCACCCGCUGCCACGGGGGACACUGCAUCACCAGCAAGGACAGCAGGGACGUGGUGUGCAAUUGCACUAAUGGAAAGAUUGCCUCCACCUGUCAGCUGUGUGAUGGCUACUGCUACAAUGGUGGCACCUGUCAGCUGGACCCAGAGACAAAUAUACCUGUCUGUCUAUGCUCUGUGGGGUUUAAAAGUCAGCGCUGUGACCAGAAAGUGAACCCUUGUGAUUACUACUGUCAGAAUGAGGGAAUUUGCACUUUAACCACGUUUAAUGAACCGAGAUGCAAAUGUUCAGCCAACUGGUCAGGCACACAGUGUGAGAGGCCAGCUCCCAAAAGCAGCAAGUCUGACAACAUCAGCACCAGAAGCAUAGCAAUCAUUGUUCCUCUUGUUCUACUGGUGACUUUGAUCACUACUCUUGUAAUUGGACUAUUUCUUUGCAAAAGAAAACGAAGGACAAAAACUAUCAGAAGACAACCCAUGAUAAAUGGAGGACUCAAUGUAGAAAUUGGCAAUCCAUCAUAUAACAUGUAUGAGGUGGGCCAUGACCACAGUGAAGGUGGUCUUCUAGCCUCAGAUUUUACUCUAAAUGCAGAAAAGGCCAGAUACAUAGGGGGAGGGUCCACUGCAUUCAAGCUUCCCCACACAGCUCCAUCAAUCUACCUAAACUCUGACUUGAAAGGACCACUAUCAACAGGGAAUUCGAAAACAUGGUCAGCUAUUGAUGGGAUGCUGAUGUCUUAGAACAGCCAACAAAUUACGCCAAUCCAGUAUAUGCAAAGUUAUACGUGGAUGGACAAAACUGUCGAAACUCCUUAGCAAGUGUUGAUGAAAGAAGAGAACUUCUUCCAAAGAAAAUAGAUAUUGGGAUAAGGGAGACUGUGGCAUAAUCUGCUGUUACCUUUUAUACUCUGUAUAAAUGUAUAAAAUAUAAGGAUUACUUUUCUAUGUA